AUGAUUGAUUUCGACGACAAUUCUCCUUCCCCAAAGAAAUCUCCCAAACGUAACAACAUGAACAAUAACUCCAAGAUCCGUUCUUUCCAGCAAGAUAUGCUAGAUCCAUACUAUAUGCAUCCUAGUGACAAACCUGGGUUAUCGAUUGUCACCCCUCCCCUCAACAAUACCAAUUUUCACUCAUGGUCUCGAUCUCUGAAAUUAGCUUUUAUGUCAAAGAACAAAUUAUGGUUCAUUGAUGGAACCCUAAAUCGCCCUGAUAUUUCCGAUCCCAACCAUGUCCUUUGGAACCGCUGCAAUAACAUGGUCAUGACUUGGAUAACCAAUUCCAUUUAUAAAGAAAUUUAUGAAAGCGUUCUUUGGAUUGAUUCAGCAAAAGAAAUUUGGGAAGAACUCCAUGAAAGAUAUCAUCAAGGAGAUAUCUUCCGCAUCUCAGACCUUCAAGAGAAAUCUAUGCACAAAAAUAAGGAAUUUGAUAAUUUUUGCCCCCUGCCUAGCUGUCAGUGUGACCCUGUUUGUCAUUGUCAAUUAUUACCAUCCAUCAAAACAUAUAGGGAAAAUGACUAUAUUAUACGUUUUCUAAAAGGUCUCAAUGACCAAUAUGCACAUGUUAGAUCACAGAUUAUGCUCAUCAGUCCCCUCCCUAGUGAUAACAAGGUCUUUUCUAUGCAAAUUCAACAAGAAAGACAAACCUCUUCCCCUGUUCCAGAUGAGAAACUCAUUGCUCACAUCCAAAACCCUCCCUCCAAAGGACGUUCUACUUAUGCUAGCACCAAACCCUCAUACAAUCCAAAAUCAAAAGGCCUUAAAAUCUGCACCUACUGUAAUAAGCUUGGCCAUACCAUUGAAGUUUUCUUCAAAAAACAUGGCCUCUCAUCUUACCUUAAAAAGACCAACAUAGCAUUAGCAACUUCUGAUGAACCCGGCACUGAAGAAGGCACCUCUGGUCCAUCUAAAGAUUCUUCUAAGAAUAUUGGCUUUACUGCUGAACAACAAAGAGCUCUCCUUGCCCUGCUUCAGCAAAACAAUGCCUUUUCUGCACCCAACAUUCAACAUCUUCAGUCGCCCUCUGCCUCUCACCCAAGUAUAUCUCAUAUUCACAAUAUUUUUGCUAAUGAUCAAUCUGAAUGGCUGCUUAACACUGGUGCCACUAGCCAUGGCACACAUACUCUGAUGAAGAUUGGUGCAGCUAAAAUUCACAAUGGUCUCUACACUCUUACCUCACCUUUCAUUCCUCUCAAUAAAGUCAUUUACUCUACUAUAAACAAUUGUACACUAUGGCAUAAUAGAUUAGGUCACACUUUUUAUGAGACUAUUGUACAAAUCAAUAAAAACUUUCCUUUAUCCAAUUUACACAAAUCUCAUGAACCUUGUGACACUUUUUUUAGUGCUAAACAAAAAAGAUUGCCUUUCUAUAAUAGUGAUACUUCUACUCUUCAUUGCUUUGAUCUUAUACAUAUGGAUAUAUGGGGACCUAUUUCCAACCCCUCUAUCAAUGGACAUAAAUAUUUUCUCACUAUUGUGGAUGACCACAGUAGGUAA